AUGUCUACAAGGCAAUCUAGUCGGGUACACACCUUUGUAGCAAGUACCGUCGGGUCUGACAUCUAUCUGCUUGGCCAGAUCAUUUUUUCUAGCGCCGCAUCGCAAGAUAACUAUCUGCAUCGGACCUCAAGCUUUGACGACGGUGACGACGCGACAUAUUUUGACGGCGGUACCGGGGUGAGCUCUCGACUGAGCAUUCGGGGCCCCGAGGAGCUAUACUACGGACAAACUAAUCCCCUCCCUGAGCCACCAAGCAAACGGACUUCUAUUGGCCCUACUGCUGCCCCGAAUUCUUCUGUAAAUCGUUCUCAAAGCCAAGGAUCUGGUUAUUUUGCGGUAGCUCCUGGUGGAAACGGCUACUCCCAAUCUUAUUCCCCAGCAUUACAGCAGGACACGUCUUACCAAAGUCCAUCAAUGUCGAAUAACGCUCCAUAUCCUACUACUCCAGGCUAUAACGGGGCCCAGCAGCCUCAGUCAUAUAAUCCAGCUGCAUACCAGCAGCCGCAGCGCCAAUCUGCCGGGUACCCCAAUGCUGAAUAUCUUCCUCAAAGACAUGUAUCUACCAGCGGCUACCCCCCCGCAAGUUCAGGACAAUUUUCACCAACUACGAGCACAUAUAAUCCAAGCACUUUCAAUAGCGCACCUUACCCAACUUCAUACAGACCACCGGUCGGCGCGGUGCCGCCCCAUCUAGCACAGCCGCCAUUUGCUGGAUACUCCCAAUAUCCUACAAGACCUCAAUACUCAACGACCUCACAAUCGUUGUAUGGUGCGGGUCCAUACUCCCCAGGUCUACCACCACCUCCGCAAUCGGCGCAGCCCCACAGCACGUAUCAUCCUCCCCCUCCCCCUCCGCCCCCUCACCCACCGACUUCACCGACCUAUGCCCCUGCUUCUUAUGGAUCAUUUAGCUCCAGUGCCAAUCAGCCGCAGAACAAGCAAUAUCUCACAAGGCCCGAGACACACUACAAUUCCGGUUCUGAUAGUGAUAUGUCACCUAGUGAAGUAAACCAUCCACUACCAAACCCCCCGGACCGAUUCGGCGCUUUACAGAAUCCGAGUAAUUUUAAUGGCUAUCCCGGAUCUAAUCCUUUGCCUUCACCCCCACCCCCCCCACCACCCUCUCACGGGUCAUUUCACCGACAGCCAUCCCAACAAGGCCAUGGUGAUGCAAACGGGAGACACCCGCAAUCGAGGCCCUUGCCGUACGCACCAGGUAACGGGUCGUACGCGGAUACAGGCCUGCAGCAACAGGAACAUGAUGCUGCAGAAGAACUAUAUGAUGAGGUUGAGGGUGAAUUGAUGUCAAUGCUCAACCACAAACAGUCCGGGCGCCGUCCGUCCCAGAUUGACACCGGAAGCGCGGAUUCUAGGCCAGCACCGCUGUUUGCUCCCAGUGGGGGUCGAGACUCCUAUGCACAUAAUGGUGUAAAUAACGGACAUCUGGCGGUUGAAACUUCAGUGUACGACUACUACUCGAACGAAAGUGAUGCAGAAGCCGCUGCGGGGCUGGAAAUGAUGAGAUUAGACGAAAUGCAGGAACAUAAGGAUGCAGCUGAUCGGUCAAAGCAUUUGAGCGAGCAACCGGCACCUGCUCAACAGAAUGAAGAGGUCGAUGAUGAUUAUUACGAUGGUUACCUACUUUCUGGCUAUUAUGGGCCAGGCACAUACGAGGAAGAUCAUAAUAUCCCCGUCCUUGCUAGCAAUAGCAACUCAUUAGCAAAUCGCCAAUCCGUCAGCAACGAAAUCGGGAGAAUGAAUAGUAACGCCAGUGCAAUUUCAGGGAUUAGCGCCCCUCCUGCUUAUGAUCAGUUUGCGAUUCCAGACGACAACCUAGUGCAUCCGUUCCCAGAAUUCCGUGCCAGUGCUAAGAGUGACCUGCCAGGAACUGGUGGACUUUCAAAGCCGUCUGCUCAUUUGAGAAAAAUGUCGUUUGAUGAAGGAGAAGAAGAUAUUAACAGAUCUGCCUCUCAAAGUCCUUCAAAGAACCAAUCUGAUUCAGAUGGCUCAUAUAUCCCAGAAUUAUUCUAUCAUCCACCACCAAGCAUGAGUAGCGCACAAAACAGCCCAUUGCAUACUAGACCAUUACCAAGUCCUCCCGACUAUGAUAAUUUUUCGGAAACUGGGUCGCCAGGAAUUUACUCGGGAUUACCGUACCCUGAUACCGGAUCGCCUAUACACCAUCGAAACUCACUUGGAUCAAGGCCACCCCUAUCAACACGGCAAUAUGGUACUCCUAUCUCAGCAGAAGGCAUCGGCUCAAACAUUCAGCCCCAAGGAUCGGGGCCGCAUUUCCCCCGAUCAACAAGUCUGUCUAGCCAUACAAGUACUCCUCCAACGAUAGUUCCUAACAGGUCUAAAACGGACGGAAAAGCACACCCAACACGUCAACUUAUUGGCAAUAGGAAUUCAAUUCAUUCGAGCGGUGGAACCCUCGGAGACGCCGAGGGUCUGACCAUCAAUGACCUUCCACCGAUACCAAUGACGAAGAAAUUUGAUCCCAAGAAGCUGAGCAGCCGGGACUUUAAAAAGUGCGAAAGGCCAUGGGCUCUCAGCUCAAUUAAGUCGUGGUUAACAGAGAUGACCGAAGGAGAGCAAGAUCUGAAAGAGGGUGCCGUAGCGGAUGGCAUCGUGGCGCUGUUUACGCACUUUGUUCCAACUAUGAAUGUAGCCGAUGCGGAAACAUUAGCGAUUAAGGUUGUCAGUGGCAUGCUGAAGGAGAAAGCAUUGGUAAAGGAGGAAGAGUGGGUCAAGUUUGGAGAGGGUGAGGUCUCAGGUGUUAUAUACCAGGUCACCGGCAACGGAUGUUACGCCCCGAAGCUACACGAGCUCGAAUCUCCUGGCCGGUGUUAUGCGCACCAUUGUGCGAGGACCCUCAGGAAAAUUACUUUAUCACAGAAUCCCGAUGAGAUGAUAAAGAAAACUGAAGAUUGGGCGACAUUUUGGAAGAUCAAGAAAGAGCAGUUGGGGGAAGUUAGUAAGAAAGAAAUCGAGAGGCAAAACAAUCUGCACGAGGUUGUUCAGACUGAGGAUGAGUAUAUGGAACAUUUGCGAAUCUUGAAAUCGCUCUACAGGGACACAAUCGCAAAUAGUAGCCCAUCGAUCAUCAAGCCAUCUCGCUUGGACGGAUUCAUCAAGGAUGUAUUCGGCGCCGCAGAUGCGGUCCGCCGAGUUUCGGAAGAGCACUUACUACCGCAAUUAAAGUUCAGGCAACAGGAGCAAGGACCAUGGGUUGUUGGCUUCAGUGAUAUCUUCAGGGAAUGGAUCCGCAAAGCGAAGACAGCUUAUCUAGCUUAUGCAGCAGCAUUCCCGAAGGCAGAUAUGUUGGUCCGAAGAGAAGCCGAACGUAAUAUGAUAUUUAGGCAGUUCCUUGAUCAAUGUCGCUCAGAUCCUCGCUCACGAAGAUUGGAUUGGGUCACAUUUUUGAAGGCCCCGAUUACCAGACUACAGCGAUAUUCGCUGCUCCUUGCUACUAUCUUGAAGCAUACUGUUGCUGAGAGCGAUGAAAAAGAUAACUUAGCCCGAGCAAUCGAGGAGAUCAGAGCAGUCACCUUAGAAUGUGAUUCAAAGGUUGACGAGAUGAGCAAGAGUGUAGCUCUGCAAGAGCUAGGCCAGAAACUAAUCAUGCGUCAAUGGGACGUCGACCUGAUGCUUGGCGAGAAAGGCCGCGAGCUCGUCUUCAAGGGGGAUUUACAACGGAAUGGAAGUAGUCGUUUCGCCUGGCUAGAGACUCACGCGAUUCUCUUCGACCACUAUCUUGUAUUGGCUAAAACUACAAUGCAACGUGACGUGAAUGGUGGCGCAAAGCAUGAGCGGUACGAUGUUUCUAGAAUGCCAAUACCUAUGGAUCUUUUGGUUCUCGAAAGCACAAAUGACGAUCCAGUGAUGCGGAGUGCUGCUAAUAGGCUAGGAAUUGGAGGCCCGACGGCUGCUAACAAAGCUAUCGUUCAACCCGCGAAUCUACGGCAAAACACUGGAAUAGCAGAUUUGAAGCAUUCUAAUACCAGCCUUUCAGCACUUAGCGUAUCCACUGCGCCAGGAAGACUGGUAACAACAAUCCCAGACCAGAACGCAAAGGAUGAUAGGGUGAUGUUCCCUUUCCGCAUCAAACACCUUGGAAACCCCUCCCGCUCCCUCAAGGCCGAUGAUAAUACCUACACGCUUUACGCCCCAACCGCGGCGAACCGCCAAGAAUGGUGCGAGAAAAUCAUCCAGGCAAAAGAAAAGCAUGCGGCAGCUUUGUAUGCUCAGAAUGCAGAGCCUUUUAGACUCAAGGUUAUGGCAGACACAGCCUUUGGGUACGAAACUGCAGCAGCGUCAGGGCCAAAGCCGAUUGUUGUGAGAGGAACCCCACUGGAUCGUGCAAUCGGCGAGGUCGAGAAAAGGUUCCAGAACGAGCCCAGGAAACCUGUUAUGUGCAGGGCCAGCGUGAACUGUGCGACUGCCUUUACAGUACAGUUUAAGAAAGAAAUGGUAGCUAUUGGGACGGAUUAUGGAGUAUACACGGCGGCUGCGGAUAACCCCAGAGAGUGGAGAAGGGCGAUUAAUAUCUUGCGUGUCACUCAAAUUGCAGUGUUGGAGGAGUUUAGUUUAUUCCUAGUCUUGGCCGACAAAUCACUUAUCGCUUAUCACCUCGAUACUGUCGUUGAGCCAGGAGACGGUGGGGCGGGGGGUGACGUAAAGCAACGGCCACCACAAAAAUUAUCCGGUGGAAGAGAUGUAGGCUUCUUUGCUACAGGGAGGAUGAAGGAGCGUAGUUUAGUCUUCUACAAGCGCCGAGAUGGAUUGAACUCGACGUUCAAAGUACUGGAGCCGGUUUUCCCCAAAGCGCCUGAGAAAAAGAGUCGGUUCUCAAGAAAAGGGACCACUGAAUUUUUCAGAGAUUAUGGCGACUUUUAUAUCCCUACUGAUUGUUAUGGAAUCAAUCUAUUCCACUCAAGUUUGGCGAUUCAGACAAGUAAAGGUUUUGAGGUUAUGACACUAGACAAGAAGCAGCCCUGGUCUGUUCCCGAGCUUAAAGCUUCUCAUGUCAACGACAUUGCUACUCGGCUCCAAGGACAGAAACCACUUGGGAUGUUCCGUCUUUCUGAGAUUGAAUUUCUCCUGUGCUAUGAGGAGUGUGGUGUCUACGUCAACAAGCACGGCGACGUUUCCCGUGGUGUAAUAAUGGAGUUUGUCGGAAAGGCCAAAUCGGUAGCUAUUUAUGGGCCUUAUAUCCUGGUCUUUGACAGCGACUUUGUCGAGAUCCGAAACGCAGAGAACGGGAGAUUAAGACAAGUAAUUGCCGGAAGAGAUUGCAGAUGCAUUGACGAUGCACAAUCUGGAGGCAGUGCCGGUACAAGAACUAUCAAGGUGGCUAUGGCACACCCAGAGGUUGAAGGUAGACAGUUGGUAGUUGAGUUACUACUCAACGAAGGGCAGAGAGAUUAG